AAGAGAGUGGCUGCAAAGCAUCUAAUUGAGCGGUACUUUCGCCAGUUAACAGAGGGCUGUGGAAAUGGGGCCUGCACCAAUGAGUUCUGUGCUUCGCAUCUUGGUUUUCAACCGCUGGAUCACAACACAGCGGCUAUCAGAGCCCUCGAGCUGUGUAAAAUGAACGCCAAACUGUGUGGUCACCCCUCCGCUGUCUUCCCUGACAACAACAGUGCCAAAGAGACACAACCUGCCUUAUUGGGUGACCGCCACGGGAAGAUGACAGACCACAAAGACCACCUGUUUCCCCCUAGGGAAGACUUCAGAGGUAAACAUAAUACUUUUCACAGAAACACACAGUGGCUGAGUCCUAAAAUGGCACCUUGUAUAGUGCACUACUUUUGACCAGACCCUUUUUUUCUCUAUUGCUAUUCAAUAUUCAUUCAUUUUUAGAGAGAAUCAAAUGGUGGCCCAUGCAUUCAUUUUCUCUGUGAUCUUUGUGUUUCCAGAGGUGCAUUACCUGACAGAAGAGAAGGUGUAUGAGAUCCUGAGUAUCUGUGAGGGGAAGAAGGACUACUCUCCUCUGAUCCGAGUCAUCGGGAGGAUCUUCUCCAGCGCAGAGGGUCUGGUGCAGAGCUUCAGGAAAGACAAGGAACAACACCCCAACACCAAGGAGCAGCGCAAGACCCACCAGGCCAAAGAUGAGGACAAGGACGAGGACGACAAGGAGAGAACCAGCGCCAUGGAGCAGGAAUCAGAGGAAUCAGAGGCCUCGGCGUCCAUGGAGGGAGCGACGGGAGCGACGGAGAUCACACUGGGUCCUGUAGAGGUCUCAGUGGACAUAGAAGCUGUCAGGAGAGUGUACGACAGACUCCUCUCCAACGAGAAGAUGGAAGCAGCCUUCCUCAACGCGCUGGUCUACCUGACCCCCAACGUAGAGCUGGAUCUAACCUAUCUAGACGUCUACGACACCAACCCAGACUACCUAAACAUCUUCAUCAUCGUGAUGGAGAACAGCAACCUCCACAGCCCAGAGUACCUGGAGACGGCUAUGCCCCUGUUCUGUAAGUGCAUGAGUAAACUCCCCCUGCCUGCCCAGGCCAAGCUGACGCGCCUGUGGUCUCAGUACAGUGUAGAACACAUCAGAAGUAUGAUGGAGACCUUCCAGCAGCUUAUCACCUACACGGUAACGUUACAUUCUUUAUUCGAUUUGAGAUUUUUUAUUUCAUUCAUGCUCCCAGUCAACAAGACUGAAUUAUGCAGAAUGCACAGUUACAUGCUUAAUAUUCUUUGUGUUUUGUCCUUUUCUGCCAACCUAGAGCUUUGAUUCCUCUAUAAUGAAUAUACUAACUCAAUCUAAAUCAGAGAUUUGUCACAUGCACAGGAUAUGUGAAAUGCUUAGCUGUUAUGCAAAUUAAAUGUAUUAUUAUCAUUGUUAAGGUAAUCAGCAACGAGUACGACAGCGACAGUCUGGUGAACGAUGACGAGUGUGUGGUAGCCGCUGCCAAGUGUCUGAAGGUACUGACUUUACUCUUACUGGUCUGUUAACAAUACCUAGGAGUAGAACCAAUGUACUGGUCUGUUAACAAUACCUAGGAGUAGAACCAAUGUACUGGUCUGUUAACAAUACCUAGGAGUAGAACCAAUGUACUGGUCUGUUAACAAUACCUAGGAGUAGAACCAAUGUACUGGUCUGUUAACAAUACCUAGGAGUAGAACCAAGGUACUGGUCUGUUAACAAUACCUAGGAGUAGAACAAUUUUUUCAUUGAUGAAAAAUGUAUGAUCCACCCAAUUUGGGUAUCUCACCGCACCCUCAUAUGCCAUGUCUUGAAAAAAUGUAUUGUUUUACUGUAAAGCGUUCUGCGAUUUUUAAAUGCAUGUUAAGUAAAGUUUGAUUCUAUUUGAAGCUGGUGUUCUACGCCAACGUCCUGGGAGGAGACCUGGAUACGGGUCACAACGAGGAGGAGGAGGAGGAAGAGGAGGCAUCAGAGUCCAGCGAGCUCACUCUGCAGGACCUCCUGGGGGAGGAGAGGAGGAACAAGAAGGGGCCCCGGGUCGACCCUCUGGAGAAGGUGAGACGACCACAAUGAAAUAAGUUCUCCAACUUUCUGUGUUAUCCACAAUGAUUUUAAAUACUUUUUGAUUUUAAAUCAAAAAGGAGCUGGGUGUCAGGACCCUGGAUUGCAGACGACCCCUCAUUCCCUUCGAGGAGUUUGUCAACGAGCCUCUAAACGAUGUUCUAGAGAUGGACAAGGACUUCACCUUCUUCAAGGUGGACUCCGAGAGUAAGUUCUCCUUCCAGACCUGCCCAUUCAUCCUCAACGCCUGCACAAAGAGCCUGGGUCUUUACUACGACAACCGCAUCAGUAUGUACAGCGAGAGGAGGAUCACUGCCCUGUACAGCCUGGUGCAAGGACAGCAGCUCAACCCAUACCUCCGGCUCAAAGUACGGCGAGACCACAUCAUCGACGACGCCCUCGUC